AUGGUCGGAAUGUGUCUCUGUGAACAAAAUGUCCGGUGUCCGGCGUGCGGCACCAGGCUCGCGGCCGGGGGCGGGGCCGGCCGCGCCAAUCGCGCCGCGCUGACCACUGGCCUGCCCCGCCGGUCCCGCCCCUCGCGCCGGUCGAUAGCCGGGCCGCGUGGUCGCCGCCGGGCAGGCGGAGGGAGAGGGUGUCGCAGUAAAUCACGCUGUCAAUUACGCAGACCAGCCUCACCCCGCCGGCUAGCCCGCCGCCCGCCGCCCGCCGCCGCCGCCCGCCCGCCGCCCGCAAUUAACCGGCCGUCGUCCCUU